AGUGUCAAUUUUGUAAAAUUUAUAAUUUUACUCACAUACACACCAGUACAAAUACCGACAAAUUAUUUUUUUCAAAUAGGUCAAAUCUAUUUCAUUUGCGAUGCAGUCAACGACAUUCAUUUGACACAUUUGGGUUGGUGUGGGGAUACGCACUAGCUGUCAUGAGUGUUUAUGUCGGUGUCUACCACCUAACAUCAGCAGUGUUCGAGCGAUUUUCCCUUGACUCACACAUUAAUCACCGAGCUUAGAUUGAUGAUGAUAAUAAAUGGACGACAGAACGCUUGAAAAGGUUGUAAGGGACGGUGACUGGAGCGGCUGGCGAAUGUGGGUCACAAGCUGACUGAGGGGCGGAGACGUUCAUUGUGAGCUUUAAGGCGCGCUUUUCACACACCGGGACGAGCAAGCGCACAGUACCUAUCUGUGGUCUCGGCUACAUGCUAAAUUAGCCUCCAGAAGCAAGCGUUUCCUCCCCUUACAAUCGGUCCAAACGGAUGCUCGUCGCGAUCACGCGGUAAGCAAAAUAGAAGUGCGCCUUCAAGUGAACGUCGUCUAAAGCUCUCUGCUAACCACCAUUGCAAUGGGCAAAAACUCUCGGGAAGACGACUCAUCAUCAUCGGAUGAAGAAGAAUAUGUCGUGGAGAAGGUGCUGGACCGGAGGGUGACGAAAGGAAGGGUCGAGUUUUUUCUAAAGUGGAAAGGCUAUUCAGAUAAGCACAACACAUGGGAACCAGAGAAGAACCUGGACUGCCCAGAGCUCAUUUCAGAGUUUAUGAAGACUUACAAAAAAAGUGGGAGCUCUACUCCAAGUUGUGGAGCCAGCAAGCCCAGCACAGCCCCUUCAGGACGUGUGAAAGACUCGGGUAGCUCAAAGAAGAGGAGCUCGGACGACGAUGAUGACGAUGAGGGGGCAAGCAAACCUAAAAAGAAAAAGGAGGAAGAAAUCCUCGUGGCCCGUGGCUUUGAGAAGGGCCUUGAACCAGAGAAAAUCAUCGGAGCAACAGACUCGUGUGGUGAUUUGAUGUUCCUAAUGAAGUGGAAAGAUUCUGAUGAGGCCGAUCUUGUGUUGGCAAAGGACGCCAAUCUCAAGUGCCCGCAGAUCGUCAUCGCCUUUUAUGAGGAACGCCUCACCUGGCACGAAGAUGGCGAUAAGAAGGAGAAGGACGCGGUCAGUGCAUGAGUUGCUCAUGUCAACAGGAAAAGAAAACUUCUGCGCAACACGGACAACCUUGAGUCAGACAGACGUUCUUAAACCCCCCCCCCCCCCCCCCGCAGCAUCCCAUACUCUGUACAUUGUCCAGCAAAGAGGUUAAUCCAGUGGACACAGAGCGUCGUCCCUCUUUAGACCAGUCUUUUUGUCAGCAAGUGUCCCACACACGCACACUUCAUUGCAUCCCAAUGAGAAACUGCAGCAUCUGACAGCCACGCUUCCGGUCUGCCAUCUUGUGGCCGAAAAUGUCCAACUGCUUAGUUUCUUGACUCUUGCAGUUGCUGAUGGCAAGCCUGCAGUUUUCAUUUUGAAAUGUUUGCAUUGAUAUCAUGUCAAUUUUAAUGAGUGGAUAAUUACUCAUUUUUACUCAAAGCUUUUGAAUGUUACCUGAUCAGGUAUAUCCUGGCUUGAAGAGAAUCCUUGGAUUAGUUCCCAUUCGUCAGUGAUUCCUUUCAUUUUAUCUUUACAGACAAAACAUUGUUUUCCAGGAUGGGUGACAAUUUUAAGUGGGUGUCAUGUGUUCCAAAUUAGUUUUUAGGGGCAAAUAUGUUUUUAUUGAGCUUUAUUUUACUUGGCGACAAAGCCUUCAAUAGAUAAUAUGGUGUGACGGUCUUUUUAUGUAUGUUUUUUUGUUGCUUUUUUGUUUUUAAACACUGCAAACUUUUCAAAAAGUGAGUCGUUCCUUUUGUAAUGUUACAGAACAGUAUGGCAACAUAUUUGAAUAAAUUGUUUCAAUGUUGAA